AUGGCUGCCGUCGCACCCUUCAACCCUCGACCGCUGCUCCAAAACCUGGUCGACAAAGAUAUCGUCGUGCGAUUAAAGUGGGGCGAGACGGAAUACAAGGGUAGACUCGUCUCCGUUGACCUCUACAUGAAUAUACAGCUCUCAAAUACCGAGGAAUUUGUCAAUGGCGUCAGUUCAGGAACGCUUGGCCAGGUCCUGAUAAGGUGCAACAAUGUCCUCUGGAUUGGCAAUGCGGAAGAGGUGGAACCCAAGGCCACCAAAGAUUCGGCCAUGAGCGGUUGA